GGACGAGCACUUGAAGGCAGCAGUGGUGCAGAUCAGUAUUGUGUGCGAGCUGAGCACUGUGUUUCCUGCUGGUUCCUCUCUGUCCUCCAUUAGAGCUCGGCUCCCAGCCCCGCUGUACGGCGCAGGCCCGAAGUAGCGCAGCCGCUCUGAGUCAGUGUGCCGUGGACCCAGCAGUCUAGACUAGGUGGCAGGUAAUGGAGGAUCACAGCGUUCACCAGACAGAACACAUGACCACUAUCGAGGCACACGCCGUCAGCCAACAGGUCCAGCAGGUACAUGUGGCCACCUUCACUGAGACAGCCAUGAUGAGUGCCGAGGAGGACUCCACGUCCUCCCCAGACGACGACCCCUAUGACGACACGGACAUCCUCAACUCAGCUGGCACUGAUGAGGUCACUGCUCACCUGGCGGCUGCAGGGCCAGUGGGCAUGGCAGCUGCUGCUGCCGUGGCAACCGGCAAGAAAAGAAAGAGGCCACAUAUCUUUGAAUCCAACCCUUCCAUCCGCAAGAGGCAGCAGACUCGUCUGCUCAGGAAACUGCGAGCCACUCUGGAUGAGUACACCACUAGAGUGGGCCAACAGGCCAUAGUGCUGUGCAUCUCUCCCUCCAAACCCAACCCUGUGUUCAAGGUGUUUGGUGCUGCCCCCCUGGAGAAUGUGGUGAGGAAAUAUAAGAGCAUGAUGCUGGAGGACCUGGAGAAUGCCCUGGCUGAACACGCCCCUGCUGGGGGAGAACUGGCCUCAGAGCUGCCCCCCCUCACCAUUGACGGCAUCCCUGUCUCUGUGGAUAAGAUGACCCAGGCCCAGCUGCGAGCGUUCAUCCCAGAGAUGCUGAAGUACUCGACAGGCCGAGGGAAACCCGGUUGGGGCAAGGAGAGCUGCAAGCCAGUCUGGUGGCCUGAGGACAUUCCCUGGGCCAACGUUCGCAGUGACGUCCGCACAGAGGAGCAGAAACAGAGGGUGUCAUGGACGCAGGCGCUAAGGACAAUUGUGAAGAACUGCUACAAGCAGCAUGGCCGUGAGGACCUGCUAUAUGCUUUUGAAGAUCAGCAAGUAACCACGGCAACCACCACCCAGCACCACCUGACUACCGCUCAAAGCAUCGCCCACCUUGUCCCCUCACAGACCGUGGUACAGACCAUCAACAACCCCGAUGGAACAGUCUCCCUCAUCCAGGUGGGCACAGGCCACACGGUUGCCACCCUGGCAGAUGCCUCAGAGCUGCCCGGGGUGACAGUGGCACAGGUCAACUACUCCACUGUGACUGAUGGAGAGGUGGAGCAGAACUGGGCCACCCUGCAGAGCGGGGAGAUGACCAUCCAAACCACACAGGCCUCAGAGGCCACCCAGGCGGUAGCAUCCCUCGCUGAAGCCGCUGUCGCUGCCUCCCAGGAGAUUCAGCCCGGGGCCACUGUCACCAUGGCACUCAACAGUGAGGCAGCAGCCCAUGCAGUAGCAACGUUGGCAGAGGCCACUCUACAAGGCGGAGGGCAGAUUGUCUUGGCAGGAGAAACAGCAGCUGCUGUUGGGGCACUGGCAGGGGUUCAGGAUGCCACAGGUCUGGUCCAGAUCCCAGUCAGCAUGUACCAGACCGUAGUGACCAGCCUCGCCCAGGGUAACCGGCCUGUCCAGGUUGCCAUGGCACCAGUUGCCACACGCAUCGAUAACACAGUCACACUGGAUGGCCAGGCGGUGGAGGUUGUGACCCUUGAGCAGUGACACUUGCCCACCCUUCCCCAAAGUGACUAGGGAAAAAGAGGGAAGGUUCCCCCCUCUGUUUUUUCCAAGACAUCACGCUGUAUACAAUGUAAAAUAUAUUUUUAGAUGUACAUCUGCAGGGGAAUUAAAAGUGACAGAUUUAUCAAUCCAUCGUGUUUACUAUGUAAAGAUAUUGCUUUUGUUGAUGUACUUUUUUUCAUUUAGCUGCAUUUUUUAGCUAUGUGAUGUUGACAAUUGUGUUACAAAGGUUAGAGUAUUUAGUAUUUAUUUCUUUACAAUUAACCUUUUUGUUAAAACAAAGAUGAACCAAAAAGCCUGGGAGGAAAGCCACCACUGCUUUACCCUAAUUAUGUACCCAUCACUGUCCCGAUGUUGUUUUACUGUCUGUGUGCUUAACUGUUUCUGUCUUUAUAGAACGCAUUUACCAAUUCAGUGCCAUAGCCACAAAUCACUCUUUCCUGUGUUUCCCAUAACCUGAAUCACUGUUACACUGUUUCCACAUCUGCUCACCUUGAACUACCCUUGCCUGUUGAACACACCCAAGCCAUCGGCACUCAUAGACAUUUCAAAAAUUAGAAGUUUCCCAAAUGAAAUAUUACUUUAAAAUACUGUCUUGUUGUGUGGUUUUCCCUGUGCUGUUUUACUGUUUUUCCACACAUGCCAAGAUUUGUGAAGACUCAGGAUAUACAUCAAGGUGUUUUAUACUGCUGGAUUGCUGAGCUGGCUUCUUGAAGCAGCCAUUUUGUCUCCCAAGCCCACUGGUUUACAGUGCAUGGAUAGGAGCACCCCUUGGUACAUUAUUUUUCAACAUGAAUUCCUUUGUAUGUCUACGUAGGACUGGAUGGUCUGCAUCCUUUUGUAUGUUACCGGAACUAGGUCGUACAUUAACAGGAGACGUGUAUUUUCAAUGUGUGAAACUUCAAAUCUUAGGACAAAAAUAAAGAAAUAAAUAAAUUGCUUGCCAAGAACCGUCUCACUUCACAAGUCUUGUGACAAUUGGUUUGAAUCUCACUAAACGUCUGUAUUAAAAAAAUUCAAAUAAAAUGGCUGCUGUUCACCUAU